CAGCCGCCACUCCUCCCUCCCUCUAGAGCUGGUAGACGGAGGUUGACCGGGCCGGUCCCGGCAGCGGCCCGGAGCGGGCGGGCAUGGGGGGCUGCCUCUCCUCGCAGGCAGCUGAUGACCUGUCGCUACUCAACGAUUCUACCGGCGAUGGGACGAGUCUUGGGCCCGGAGACCCACCUCCCCUCCCUGCCCCGCCGCCCCCCUACGAGGAGAAAAAUAUGAAAUAUCAGCUGCACAAUGCUGUUUUUGUGCUACCAACCAUCAGUCUGGAAGUUCCCUUGGUUGAAGAGAAGACUACUUGGGCUGCUGAUCACACUCCAAUUCCAGUCUAUCACCCAACGCCUAGCCAGGCACGUCUUGCCACACAACUAACAGAAGAGGAGCAAAUCCGGAUAGCUCAAAGGAUUGGACUAAUUCAGCACCUUCCUAAAGGAAUAUUUGAUCCCGGCUCAGAGCCAUCAGAAAAGAAAAUCAAAGAGUGUGUAAUCUGUAUGCUGGAUUUUGUAUAUGGAGAUCCCAUCCGAUUCCUGCCUUGUCUACACAUCUACCAUGUAAACUGCAUUGAUGACUGGCUGAUGCGAUCAUUCACAUGUCCUUCUUGCAUGGAGCCAGUUGAUGCUGCUCUGCUCUCCUCCUAUGAGACUAACUGAGGUGGCUUUGAGCCCUGCUCUCAUUCAUGCUUCCAGGCUGUGGAUAUAUUGGGGGCCUGGGAUGUGGGACAUUAUUUGCACAAUUCUGGGGUACACCAAAGAAACCGGUCCCAGCCCCUAUGGACACACGCAGCCAUGCUGGCUGUACUAAAGGAUGAUUUGUGCCAUAUUUUGAGUGUUGCAUCCAAUGUAUGGGGGGGAGGGGUUGGAAGGUAAUAGGGAAUGGCAGAACUAAAACUUUCCUUCAACUCUACUCACAAUUUAGUUUUGUAGAAAAUCAAGAUUCUUCUUUGACCCAAUUAUCUAUCCUCAUAUCUUUGUAAGUCCCUAGUAAGCUAAUGAGUACAAUUGUAGGAAACUAGUGGAAUUCUAAUUUGUUAAUGAAAGAGAAAGUUGUUUAAAGCUGAUGCUGAAGAUCUCUUUAAGAUUUUACAAAUUAAGAGAUAUUCUAAGGCUAUUAUACCAGCUUUGGUCAGUUCAUGGGGGGAAAAGAAUUUAAUGUAGAAAAAACCCCAGGCAUUUUAUGUUUGGGCCACUAUUGAAAAUUCAUCUAUCAAUACAAGUACACAAUGCAGAAAACAAGCCUUAGAAGCUAGUUAGCUACCUGCCUAGGGUAGCUUGAAGCUGCAAUAUUUGCUAGGGAAGGAGACUGGACUUGUUCUUGUAGCUUUUGGAAGUGCUUCUUUUAAAAUAUUUUGUUUCAGUUAAGAGAAAAGGAUACCAUUUCCUUGCUCUCUUUUUCUCCAUCAAAUAAAGUUUUAUCUAUUUUGGAGUACAUGGUGCCUCUUCUCAACCCCUGUAGGGCAAGCAGAUUCUCCACCUAAUACUUAUUCACCAGACUAGGAGAAAGUCACAUGGAUGUAACAGAUUUUGAAAGCAAUAGUUUGUUUCACUCAAUCUUCAUUUGGGUGAAGUUCACUGGAAGGAGCAGGGAGGGGCUAAGUGCAGAUUGUCACAAUGUGAAAUUUCUGCCUUUCUACUAUAUGAAAAAAGUGUUGACAUUUAGAUAUAUAUAUAUAUAUAUAUAUAGCCUGUUUAAAGUGAGAAAUAUUUUUAUGGAAAGUUUACGAUUCAGUUUGGUAAGAUCCUUUUAGAUGCUGGUUGUGAAUUAAAACAUCCAUAUAUUCUGAAGAGUGAAGAAAUGUUUAUUUGUAGGCAAUCUACUAUUUGUCUUACAUAAAAGAAGAUUUUGUCCCAUAAGAACCUGUUAAGACAGGCUGUUACUUUGAUGCAGCAAAGCCAACAUGUGAAAAGGCUUUCCUUAAAUCAUAUUGUUUAUUGCCUUGCAAGUACAGAAAUGUAAAAGUGCUUUUCUGAUUAUGUAUUGUCCAUAACAAAGAUCUAGUGCUUGAAAGAUUUAAAAAAAAACAGAUGUACAUUGCAUUGAAAUGGAAAAUAAACAUUGUCAGCAGUG